GCGACCUUUGUGGAAGUGUGCCCAUUUCCGCUUUUGAAACGACAGUCACCCUGGAAUACACAGUGUAUUACGUACGUCAAAGGAAAAGUAAGUACAGUCCUCGAUCUCACGGUCUAGACACACAGGAGCUGGACAUGAUUAGAAACUGAAACAGGAAGCCUCUCAAGUGGCUAUGUUCGAACAAGGUGACCUUAAUAACUGGGGCAAAACGUGUAUUCACAGUGGAACACUUUCUGACAAUCUUUGGAAUUCAAAGAAUCCGUUAAUAAUUGCGACAAUCAUAAAUAAGUAGAUUUAUUUACCUGAUCUAUUUGUCAAAAUGGCGAACCUUAUUAUAAUUUUGACAAGCGAUAGGUAAGAGCAUCGUGUGUAUUUUCGGGUGAAGAUACUGCCACAGAAUGAAUGGAUUACACAGUGUUCAUUACCACAACAGUGUAGAUGGAUUCCCAAAAGAUUGUAAAUACCAACCCAACACCUCCAUCGUAAAUGGCGCCUUAACAGACAAGUAUGAUGUCCAAGGGGAGAUUGGCAGGGGUAAGUUUGCUGUGGUGAAACGCUGUGUCAACAAAGAAAAUGGCGACGUUGUGGCUGCCAAGUGUAUACGCAAACGACGCAGAGGCAAGAGCUGUCGUGAGGAAAUCCUGCGCGAGCUUGUCAUGUUGGAAAUGGCACUGGAACACCCAAGACUGGUCGACCUCAAAGAAGUGUUUGAAACUCCAAGUGAACUCAUCCUCAUCACGGAGUAUUGUUCUGGUGGUGAGCUGUUCACCGAGUGUGUGAUCGAGGAGUCGUUCAGUGAGAUGGAUGUUGUAAACAUGAUGGUUCAGAUCCUGGAGGGGCUGAUCUACCUUCACGAGAGAAACAUUGUCCAUCUUGACCUUAAGCCCCAAAACAUCCUGUUGACCAAGCCCUUCCCGCACGGAACCAUUAAGCUGUGUGACCUCGGUUUUGCCUGCCUCGUCAACACUGGCGAGGAUAUACGCGACAUUAUCGGGACACCCGACUAUGUUGCACCCGAAGUUUUGAGUUAUGACCCCCUUGGUCUCUACACCGACAUGUGGAGCCUAGGAGUGCUGACAUAUGUGAUGCUGACAGCCUGCUCCCCCUUCAGUGGUAAGACCCAGAAUGAGACGUUUCUCAACAUAUCUCAGGUAAACCUGGACUUCCCUGACAAUCUGUUCUCCCACAUCUCACCUGGAGCCCAGGACUUCAUCAGACUCCUACUGGUCAAGGAACCAAGUGAGAGAUUAACAGCUAAACAGUGUUUAGAACACUCCUGGUUAAAAAGUGCUGACUUGCUGGACCAGCAGAUCGCUCCAGUGGCUGACAGCGCCAUGGGAAGUCAUCUGGAAACUCAGAAGGACUCUGCAGGCUCCUGUGAGUCUCUACUCAACGAAAGUUGUAGUGACUCUGUGAGCUUUAGCGACUCUGCAAUGAAGAGUGAGGAUGAGAAAGACAAUGACUCAAUGAUGAAGAGCGAGGAUGAAAAGGACAAUGACUCAACGAUGAAGAGCGAGGAUGAAAAGGACAAUGACUCAACGAUGAAGAGCGAGGAUGAAAAGGACAAUGAGGAUGAUAUAGAGAACAGACUUAAAAGUGGUGCUCAGCAAACUACAAACCUCAGUCAUAGUGGUAAAAACCAAAGUGAAGUGUGUGAAAAAGAAAGUACUAGAACGGAGGGAAGUGAUAAGGUGUACAGGACUCACUUAGAGAUCAUUUCUACAAAUCGUAUGUACAAGUGCAAUUCUACAGACGAUGGCCGAACAAAGGACGAUUCAGACUUUGAUGACACAAAGAAAGUUCACGUUGUGUGUUGUUCACCAGAGUGCCAAUCUUCAGCUCAGCAGGAUGUCAACAGUAACAAGGGGGGGCCCCCGACACAUAUAUGAUACCCGGUUGUAGUCGUCCAGGGUACUACCAAUACAUAUCUAAAGUUAUAGUUGAUAAAUGUCUUAGUUACAGCUUUAGCAAAUAUUACACUCACUCAAUGCCAGUUAUAGUGUCAAAAUGUUACCAUGAUAAUAACAUGCCAAUAUAUGAAUUAGUAGCAAAUCAGUUUAGUAAUGCAAGGGAGGUAACUCCUGGAUUUGUUAUUUUCUAGUUAUUUAUAUAUCAUACUAAUUAAUAUGAAACUAUUUUUUCUAUAAUUGCUGCAAAAUAUCAAUUGUUCUCACCAUUUCAUUCAUUUAUAAAGGUAAAGGUAGAAUAAAUUGAAACAGUUACAAACUGUUCAAUCAUUCAUUUUGAAGAAAUGAAGAAACUAUUUAUAACAUGAAACAGCUUGAGCUUGCUCGCUUUUAAAUAACUAUAAUGUAUUUAAUGCUAAUUUUACAUGCAUCAUAUCAGUGAUGAUAAUUGUACAUAUCAGAGACUUCAUGUUUGGCUGGAUAACUUAUAAAUGUAUACAGCGCUAGCUAGCUUAUGGCCAAAUUAGAUUUAAUUUUUAAUUUCUCAUGUAACUCAUUUGAAAACUUAAUACCACUACGUAUUGUAUUUCUCAAAUAUAUAAUAAGGCAGACACUGGAUACUUCAUUCCACUGGGCAUUUAAAAAAUUAAUAAUUUGGCAAUAAACUCUGUAAUACAAGGAUAUAAAUAUGUGUGGCUGAGAAACUAAGGACUAGGUUUUAUUUGGCCUAAUUGUUGGUGUCUUUCCAUUUACUAUUCAAGUGUUUUAUGCAACAAAUAUACAUUAAUUGAAUUCAAGUUUGUAAAAUGAUAUGGGAAAUCAGCUGAUCAG